GAUAAGAUAGCUCAGCACAGUAGAAAACACACACGGGAGGACCAAGCCAAGCAUACUGACCUAACACUUGCUCUAGCUCUGCCGAGCGGGCUUCCUUCCGGAGAAGUAUGGUUUCAUUGUGCUACCCUAUUCAAAUCGGAACAUGCGGCAAGAUUGCGAGGAAAAAUGCAGCAAAGGUCUUCUGCUCCAUGCAAACGCCACCCUCCCAGAGCACAAUCAAGGUUGUUAUCAUUGGGGCCACGAAGGAAAUUGGGAGGACGGCAAUACUUGCAGUAAGUAAAGCCAGGGGAAUGGAACUUGCAGGAGCAAUCGAUUCUCAGUGCAUUGGCGAAGACGCAGGACAGAUAAGCGGCAUGGAAGAACCAUUGGAAAUUCCGGUGCUCAAUGAUCUCACCAUGGUUCUGGGCUCCAUAGCACAAUCGAGAGCAACUGGUGUGGUUGUUGAUUUCAGUGAACCUUCAACUGUUUAUGACAAUGUCAAGCAGGCAGCAGCAUUCGGUUUAAGCAGCGUUGUCUACGUUCCAAAAAUUGAGUUAGACACAGUAGCUGAGCUGUCAGCAUUCUGCGAGAAGGCAAGCAUGGGUUGCUUGGUUGCACCAACACUAUCGAUUGGCUCAGUACUCCUUCAACAAGCUGCUAUACAGGCCUCAUUCCACUACAGCAACGCUGAGAUUGUGGAAUCAAGACCUAAUCCAUCGGAUUUGCCUUCGCAAGAUGCAAUACAGAUUGCAAAUAACAUAUCUGAUCUUGGUCAGAUAUACAACAGGGAAGAUAUGGAAUCUGACAAUCCAGCAAGAGGCCAGAUACUUGGAGAAGAUGGAGUGCGAGUACACAGCAUGGUUCUUCCAGGCCUUACUUCCAGCACAUCAAUCAACUUCUCGGGUCCAGGAGAGAUUUACACCAUACGACAUGAUGUCACAAAUGUUCAAUGCCUAAUGCCAGGACUGAUUCUGGCAGUACGGAAGGUGGUACGCUUGAAGAACUUGAUUUAUGGCCUAGAAAAGUUCUUGUAGUAACAUCUAGCAUAUCAAGAGAAAACUGGAACUUCCGUCAGUUCCUGAUUAUGGGAUGGACAGGAACAAAUCAAUUUCUGGGCAUGUGCUAAAAAAACAGUACCACUAGCAAGGCAGAUCUGACAAGACAACCAAAAUGACAGAGUUUUGAAAAUAACGGCAGCACAGAAGAUGACUGAAAGUUCCAACGGACAUGCAACCAAGUGAACAAAAUUUUGUUAAGAAGGCAUAGGGGAAGAAGACACAUUGUCAAUAAAGCAGCCACAUGGAUAACCACUGGUAGCACAAUCAAACUAACAAACAAAGGAGUGGUCAAAUUAACAUUAAGUAUAAAAUUAGUACCAUCAAGGAAACUCCAGUUGUAAGGGAUGCUGUUUCAGUGUGUAUGUGGUAAAUUGUGGCCAAUUCAGGGCUACUUUUCUCUGGACAUGGUGUGACACUGGCGCACAAGCGCCAAAUGUUCGCAUAAGCCCAAUCCAAAUCUCUUGUGGCAAUUUCAUCCA